AUGUCGACAGUUCAAGGUCUCAUUCGGACAGUACAACUGCGUCUGGAUGACGAGUUUACCAUCCAGCUACGUUCCAUCAGCGUGGUUCUCGCAGUUGUACUCUUUCUCUAUUUCAUUUUAAAAGAGGACACCGGCAUCCCUUUGGUUCGUGACACGGGCAAAAAGCGGUUUUCACUAUCGACAUUCAUCGCAUAUUUCUUCAACGCCAACGAGGUGUUGCGAGAGGCUUAUGACACGCACCUUAAACUUGGCCGAACAUGCCGGAUACCGGACAAGAGCUUCGGGACGAUGGUCAUUCUGCCGAACUGUUUUAUGCGAUGGAUGCUAUCCCAGCCGCAAAAUGUCCUCGGCUCACGCGAGGCAAUUGUAGAGACAGUUCAGGCUCGAUGGACCGUCGGUCACUCCAGGUACUUUACCGAAGAGUGGCACCCGGCAUUUCUUAAGCGGUCUAUACGUGCCUUGAUGGAUACUGAGAUCCCUCGGUUUCAGGAGGAACUUGAACGAAGCAUGACCAGUAUCUUUGGCCGUGAUGACAAGAACUGGAAAGAGGUCAACCUUGCCACUUCGAUCAAGCAUAUCCUCGUUCGGUCUACCUCCCGAUAUAUUGUGGGAUCUCCGCUCUGCUCUGAUCCAGGAUUUGUCCGAUGGACUCUGGUGUUUAUGGAGGUUAUUACUCCCAUCAGCGAAGUCCUGCGACCCAUCCCUCAGAUCUUUCAUCAAAUCAUCGGUCGGAUCCUCUCAGUUCCGCGGGUUAUUGUACUCCUAAAGCUGAAGAACCUACUGCGUCAGACGUACGAGGAGCGCCUUAAAGGGCUCCGAAAUGGAGAAAGAUCAGAAGAGGAACCCCAAGACUUUCUUCAGAAGAUCAUGCGACAUCUGUACGAAAGCAACAGCCCCGAUCUCAACCUUCAUUUCGUCACGAUCCACAUCAUGAUCUUCAUGCUGGCUGCCGCGGUACAGCCAUAUAUGCUCACCCCGCACGUGGUUUUUGAUAUGCUGGACUCAGACGCGGAAUUCGGAACGAUAUCCCAGAUUCAGGAGGAACUGAACGACGUCUAUGGCGAUGCCAGCAAAGAAGAGCCUCGUUGGACAAGGAAUGACGCAUCCCGGCUGAUCAAGCUAGACAGUGUCCUCCGAGAGUCACUGCGAAUUAACACGCUAGUGAGCCACAGCAUGCCACGAAAGGUGAUGGUCGAUGGGCUCAAAACGCCUGAUGGCUACACCUUGCCUAAAGGCUCGACUGUGUCUCUCCUGGCCAGGACUGUCCAGACGGACCCCGAUAUCUACCCCGAGCCUGACAGGUUCGUGCCGUUCCGGUUUGCUGGGCCAGACGGGAAGAGGUUAGCAGUCACUUCGUCGGAGUUUCUGGCUUUCGGACACGCGAACUAUGGAUGUCCCGGUCGUUUUUUGGUAGCGGUGGAGCUGAAAAUGCUAAUUGCGUAUCUCUUCAGACAUUACGAGGUUGAGUUGCCGGUGGAAUAUGGCGGCAAGCGGCCGCCGGCUAUAUGGAUCACUGAUUUGAAAAUUCCUCCUCAGAACGGGAGAAUCCGACUCAAGAAGAAGGCGCUCUAUUAA